GUUGACCUUGAUUAUAUUCGUCAUCUCUUGUAGUGAUUCGUUUCUAGGUCAAUCUGUGAAGUUCAAAAACAUAUGGGAUAAUUUAUAAUAUAGAUAUAAAGUGUAAUUAGUUUAAUAAUAUAAAUCUAUAUAUAUAUAAAGUAAAAUGGUUAAUAUGGUUAAUCUGUUAAUUCUUUCCUUAUAAACAUAUUGUAGAUUACUUCAGUGUUUCUCAAACUGUUUGCUUACAAAACACUAAAAAGAUUUAUUUGCACAGUAUGGCACUGGUAUUACUUCUGCUAGUUUUUCCUAUUGGAAGCUUAAGUCACAUGGCUAACCAACAACAAAAUUAUAUGCAAGGAGCACAACAAGGUCACAUGCAUGGAGCACCUCAAGGGAUGCAGCAAGGAGUACCACAGCAAGGAUAUAUGCAGCAAGGUGUGCCUCCUCAGCAAGGAUUUGCACCACCACAAGGAGCAAAUCAAAAUCUUCUUCGAGAUAAAAGUCACAUUCAAGAUAAAGAACACAUUAAAGAACAUUUACAAGGAGUCGUUGAUCAUCCAGACGUUACGAAGAUGUCAGAAGAGGAAUUGCAGUUUCAUUAUUUUAAAAUGCAUGAUAAUGAUGACAAUAACAAAUUGGAUGGUUGUGAACUAAUCAAAUCAGUUCUCCAUUGGCAUGUUGAAGAGAGUAAAAUGAUGGGAAAUCAAGCUCCUUCUCAGGGAACUACAAAAAUCUUUGCUGACCAAGAGUUAACAAUGAUGAUUGAUCCUAUUUUAAAUAUGGAUGAUCGAAAUAAUGAUGGAUAUAUUGAUUAUCCUGAAUUCAUUGCAGCACAAAAGUCACGAGGUUUUUAAAAGAUAUUCACAGUAAUUCUCAAAAUUGAUGAUCAAAAAUUAUCAUAUCAUUUAGUUAUCGAAUCUCAUUACUGACUUGUUUGAUUAUUAAAUUAGCAUCACAAAUAUUAUGUAAUCAAAAAUAGAAUUUCUCAAUCACUGUAUAGCAUAAAUAAUUUCUAAAAUACAAAAUUAACUAAAAUACAAAAAAUUACUAUAAUAUAAAAAAAUUUCAAAAAUUGAGAAAUGCUAUUUUAGAAUAAGAUCUGAUCUGAAUAAGUAAAAUUUAAUUGUCAACAAUGUUACAAUUUAUGUGAAUAUUGAAAAAAUACAAUUUUUGGGUUCGUGUUUUUGUCAUAGUGUACAAAGAUUAAAAUAAGUAAUUAAUUUUAUUUGUGAAAGAAUUUACAAAGUAAAAAGUAUUGCUGCCUUAGUAAUAAUGAAUUU